CGAACGUGCGAACUAACGGUAGUAGCGCGUUACUUUUCGGCGCAGGGAGUCGUGAACUGAGCCUUGAUCUGAACCGGCAUACGCACGAUGGCGGAGAGGCAAUCUUCUGUCAUUGCCCAACCAGGCGCGGGUCUGGCUGGAACUGCAGAGAAUUGCCUAAAGCCGGGCAAGGACGAGCGAGUAACCGUGAACGAGCCACCUGCUGAAACGUCCAGUCCUUUUCAUUCCAUAUUUGCCCUGGAGGUGGGCUGCGACAAUUGCAACAAAGACCGAACUCUGGCUUAUCAAGGAACGUGUUUCUUACUCAGCGAUCUGAACUGUCGCAAGGAGGAGUACAUCUUCGCGACUGCCGCACAUAAUCUGUUCUGCACCGUUUGCGGCCAUUGGCUCUGGGUACAAAUCUACAGCGAUUUAUCUAAGGACCAGUUCCUAACCAAGGGAAAGAUAUCCCGCAAGAACGAGAAUGGCUGGCUGAUCGUUCCUGACUGGUACAAGAAGAAUGCCAAGGAUGCAGAGAAGAAUAGCAAUCCUGACCCAUUUCGACACGACUAUGGCAUAAUAGCAGCCAAGAAGGGUCGCUGCAAGUGUCCGCUAACGUACUGGGUAGAUGAAAACCUUCUUGGCGUUGCGACCAAGUGCCAGGAGGAAGAGGAUGACGUCCGCAUGUGCGGAUAUCCAGUGGACGUGUACACCUACCGCGAUGGCAAAGAAGAGAGUCAGACGGCCGAGAAACGCAAAUACUGGGUUGACAAGCCUCGCCGUGCUGAGUUUGCAGAGCACGGCCAUCAGCUUCACCACUUUGUUGACUCUAGCGGUGGGCAAAGUGGCUCGCCCGUCUUCCUUCUGCCCCAAGAAGGCGAAGCUGCUACUGCCCGUACUGGCUAUGUUGUAGGGAUUCACGUCAAAGGUGGUGAUAAGCAUAAUUUGGCUGUGAAGCUCCGGGACGAGCGUGGAAGCGACACAACGCCAAUGGAGGACCUCCGAAAGUGGGCGAAGGAUCCAUCAGAAUGGUUACCAGCCGAUAAUGUUGAAGUUGCUGAGAAAUCAGUCAAGCGCGGGGUCAGGCAGUCGGAACAGAAGGGUAUGCACGGAGGUCGACGCCAUCAACAGCAACAAGCAGAUAGCGGAGCGGAGGCGCCAACGACAAAGGAACCCAAGAAGAAGUUCUUUGAUGACCCAUUCGACCACCCCGACUAUGUGGCGAAAAUCGACGUGCCAUUGAAAGAUGUUGACGGUGUCGAGUUAAGGCAGAGGUUGCAGAAGAAGGGAUUACUAACCAAGAGCCAAGUGAAGAGGUUGGAGAAGAUGUCGAGCGAAACGCAUAACAACGAGUUGAUCGGGUGGAUUCAGUCGUCACGUCGCUAUGGAUAUGUUGCGCUGUGCGAGGUUAUUCAGGAGUUGAAAGUUUACCCAGAACUGUUGGAAGACAUGAACAACCUGCUGCCACCCGAGCGUCGUGUGAAAAAAGGAUGAUGGUGGUGAUGGUGAUGGUGGCCAUGAUUGAUCAACACUGGAUCGCGGCGAGAAUUUGUUCUGUCUGUCUCUCUCUCUUCCUGUGAGUCCUUCUGUCUGUCUGCCGUUACGUCUUUCUGUCCGUUUUUCUGCUUCACCUCAGACUCUAGACUGAGCUUUCUCCAUCACUUUCUCUCACUCUCGCUUGCUCUCGCUCUCACCCAGUCUCUCGCUCCCACUCACUCAUUAAGUCGCGAUAUUCUUCAUUUGCCUGCUGCAUUCGCUAUCGUAAGCACUACUUCCUUUGAAUAUGCCUUUCUUCUUCUUCUUCUUGGUCUUUCAAUUGCUACAUGACUCGCUAGAGACUGCUCUCCCUUAGCUUCUACUUAGCUCCUUUUAUUGGUACAUGAUCACAAAGUAUUUUUUCACUCCUUAGCAGUGCAGCACCAUGGGCCCCGCGUGCUGGGGCAAAGUGGCACGGAACCAGAAUGCUGGAUUCCCCCGCGCGUGCCCUUCGCUCCAUGCACAGUACCUGACCCAUGUGUAGAGUCUAGAUAGAUUGUCUGAGUUGUGUUGAAUUGUCAUUCAAUUUCUUUUUAUUCUCAUUAUCUCUACAUUCCAUCUCUGUGACUUAGAACCUCGCUUUAGGUCCGUAUUUGACUAUUUGAGCUUAGACACUGCUGGAAAAGCAGUGCACUAGUCCGACGUCAUCAUGUCGAAUAGCGGAACAUUUGUUUAAAUUCUUUUCCGGUUGAACCGGUAUGCUCAUAGAAUUAUCAGCUUCUGCGCGGCCCCAUUUCUGCCUAUCCUUUUUCACUUUGGCUGCCCUUUUUCACUUUUUGCAAUGCUUUUUCAAAGGGCAACUCCUUAAAUUUUUCUAAGGAAGUGCUAUUUUCACAGCAGCCAUUUUCACAAAUAAUUGCCGUUGCCGGUUGAACCGGUAUGCGUAAUCACAUUCUGCUCGUUUUUUAUUCCUGCACUUGUUCAUUUUUACUGUCUCUUUGCCUUCGUACUUCUAUUUUCAAAGCACCUUUUAUUUCAUUUUUCAAGGCACCGCAAUUUCCAAAGCAGCCAUUUAUAUAAAUGAUUUCUACUUUCCUAAAGCACUGGCACAUGGUAUCUUUUAAACUGCAAAUCUCUCGCCCUAGAUUCAUUCACCUUGGGGAAAGGAGGGGGUGUGACUCUCUCGUUUUCACGUGGA